CCAAAGAAUGACUCCACAACCUGAGCGGAGGACGGCGCCGGCGCGGCGAGGGAAGGCGAACGGUCAAAAGCCACGGGGUCAGGAUGUCGGCGUUCGUUGAUGAUUUAGACGCUUAGGGCUUGCUUCUCAACGGUUGGACGGAAAAGGAAGGAUCCUGUACCUCUCGUCUCGGGCUUUCUUUCCAUGGGAAUUUACUCUCUCCCCCUUUUCUCUCUUUAUGAUUCCUUCUCUCUCACUGUGGAAUCAUUCCAUUCCAUCGAUACGGUAGACCGGUUCUUUUUUCCCCCCCGAGACUCCUUUUGAUUUCACUCCACAGAUUUCAUAUUCUUCGUCUUCUUUUCUAUCGUCAUCGGUUUCUCGGUGACGUCCUUUCUCUCUCUCUCUUUAUGGCGCACGCUUGAUGGCUCAGGAUUGACAAAAAGGGAGUCCUAGUUCACUCGUCUUCGACGAGAAUCUUGGGGGAUUCUCGAUUAUUUCUUUUCUCUUGAGAGUUGUUCAAUCUGCUACGGUCCUUUGGUUGCUCGAAAUUUUUCUGCUGGGGUUUAAUUUUUUCUCCGUAGUUUAAUUUUCUUCUCCUUUGAUUCUUUUGGUUCUUAGUGGGAAGGUUCUGACGUUAUUUGUCGUCUGAGGUUGGGUGGGAAGAUUACCUUGCUGAAUAUUUCUCUUGGGAAUUGGGGUGAUUUAGGUUGCUAGUUCUUGUGGGAGUGGGGUUUAUUUGGUUGGUUGUCUGUAGUUUUAGUGGUGAUCUUGUACAGGGAUUCUGAUUAAUUGCCUCAGCAUCUUUUGGUUGGUCUUUCCUUUUUUUGUGCUUUUGGUCUCCCUAGUGUUCGAUCCUUUCGGGGGUUUGGUUUUGGGUUUUGAUUAGUUUUCUGAAUUGGGUUGUUUUCGACAAUAUGGAUACCGACUCGAAGGUUGGGAGAGUGAUUGAGGUCACGAAUGGUGAGAGGAAUGGAAAAGGUUUUGGCGAAGGUGGUGGAAUGAUGGGUCUUUUGUCCAAAGAUGCGGGCUCGAGAAGUUUAGGAAGUAGGGAAACGUUCUUCAGGGCUGAUCAGAUUGAUCUGAAGAGUUUGGAUUAUCAAUUGGAGAAGCAUAUGAGCAGGGUUUGGUCUAAGGAUAAGGAAGCACAGAGACCCCGGGCGGAGUGGGAGAUUGAUUUGUCGAAAUUGGACGUAAAAAGUGUUAUUGCACAUGGCACUUAUGGAACAGUUUAUCGGGGUGUUUAUGAUGGACAAGACGUGGCAGUGAAGCUGUUGGACUGGGGAGAAGAUGGUCUUUCCAAUGAGGCUGAAACUGCUGCUCUUCGAGCAUCAUUUAAGCAGGAAGUUGCUGUCUGGCAUAAGCUUGACCACCCAAAUGUAACGAAGUUUGUUGGGGCAUCAAUGGGCACUUCGGAACUGAAGAUUCCUGCAAGAAGCUGUUCAAAUAAUUUUCAUGAAACAAUUCCAGCAAGAGCAUGCUGUGUGGUUGUGGAAUAUCUGCCUGCUGGAACUUUGAAACAGUAUCUUAUAAAAAAUAGACGCAGAAAACUUGCAUUUAAGGUCGUAAUCCAGAUUGCGUUGGAUCUUUCAAGAGGGCUUAGUUAUCUCCAUUCUAGGAAGAUUGUACACCGUGAUGUUAAGACUGAAAAUAUGUUGCUUGAUUCAUCAAGAACUCUUAAAAUCGCUGACUUUGGUGUUGCUCGUGUUGAAGCACAAAACCCCAAAGAUAUGACCGGUGAAACUGGUACUCUUGGUUACAUGGCUCCUGAGGUCCUAAAUGGCCAACCCUACAACAGAAAAUGUGACGUGUACAGCUUUGGUAUCUGCUUAUGGGAGAUUUACUGUUGUGAAAUGCCUUACCCUGAUCUAAGCUUCGCAGAAGUUUCUUCUGCUGUUGUGCGCCAGAAUUUGAGACCAGAGGUCCCACGGUGCUGCCCAAGCUCGUUGGCCACUAUAAUGAAAAAAUGCUGGGAUGCAAACCCUGACAAACGGCCUGAUAUGGAUGAGGUUGUGAGGAUGCUCGAAGCGAUUGACACAAGCAAAGGUGGGGGCAUGAUACCCGAAGGUGAGGCACGUGGUUGCCUCUGUUUCGGGCCACGACGUGGUCCAUGAAGAUUCAUAAUCAAAUGACUGAUACUUGUUCUGCAAUUUUGUAUUGCUUCAAAUUGGAAUAUUUUGUGUGGAUGAGUUUCGCAGGGAUCAACCUUCGUUUUAUGCAGUGGUUGAAGCUUUGCUUUUCUCCUUUAGUUACUUAAGGAAGCUGAAAUGCUGGUUUCAGCAAUGCAUCUAUAAUCCUUGUAAAGAAUUUGUUUGGGGAAUGUUUCUUUCAGGCGGAGGCCAUGUGUCUAGUUCUAAUGAUUCAGUAAUCAAUGCAAUAAUCA